UGUCAUGAAGCUGUGAGCAGUCUGAUCUACUCACGAACAAAGCACACCGUGUUGAACAUGGACGGGAAAUGUAGAUCGAUUGUUUUUGGUAUGGCUUUAUUGUGUUGUUUUGACAUGAUGAUAGCCGUUAACCCGGGAUUUCAGACUAGGAUCACGACUGCAGGGCUCAACUACGCAAACCAGGAAGCUAUUGAACAGCUGUCGAAGAGCGUGAGGGGUAGAAAACUCAACCCAAUACAUGGAAAAUCUUACUCUAUUUCCAAUGUCGAAAUAACUGAGUUCUCGCCACCCUCCCCAAGCUCUCUGAAGCCAAUACCAGGAAGUGGAUUAGAAUGGUCUGCGGAAGACAUAGAACUCGGCAUGCAUGCAGACUUUAAGUACUCUUUCAUAAUCAAGGAUCAUGGCAGCUUUGACGUAUCAGUGUCUCACGUUUCCUUCAGUGUGCAAGCUAUUUUAGGGGCAGACGCGAAUGGACGGCCGACCAUCAGAGCAGGGACAUGUAACUGUAACGUAGGAAGUGCGUCCAUAAGGUUCCACGGCCAUCAUGCUAAGGUGUACAAUUUAAUCCGAAGAAUUGUCGAGGGCAAGAUAAAACGAGCACUUAAGGAUAAACUGUGUGAUGUCAUCAGUAAGUCGAUCAACACAGAUGCUGAAAAGUCUCUGUCCUUGCUUAAAGUUGUUAUGGAUAUCGGGCAACUUUUCCAGUUAGACUACAAACUUACAGGUCCUCCAAAGUUCACAUCUGAUUAUUUAGAGACAUACCAUAAGGGUGAAAUUGACUGGAAGGCUGCGCCUGUCCCGCCUCCUUUCAAUGCCCCGCCCAUCCCCCAACUGGACGAUACGAGCCGGAUGAUGUAUGUGUGGGUUUCGGACUAUCUGAUGAACAGCUUACUCUACCAAACACAGAAACAUAAUAUUCUCUCAUACAAUCUCACAGCGAAGGACCUUCCAGAAAAAGAUCGAGGAUUACUGAACACCACUUGUACCAGCUCCCUGUGCAUUGGUAACUUCAUCCCGCCGCUUCAGGAGAAAUAUCCUAACUGCCAAAUAGAACUGCAAAUGAGGAGUAAGAAAAUGCCGGAGAUUAGCGUGGUAAACGGUGCCAUAGAAACCAACAUGGUUGGAACAAUAGCCUUGUAUGCCCGGCCUGUGUUGUCAACGUUGUAUUUUAAACCAGAAAAUGUGGGCCAUGAGAGCAGAAUAAGGACUUCCGGAGGCUACAUACUUACUAUGGAUGUGAAAAUGUCACUGACGGGCCAGAUGAGUGUUGCAGAUCACGUGAUGCACUACAAGGUCACCAACAUGACUAUCUCUGUUUCCCUGCAAAACUCGACUAUAGCGAAUGUUACUGAAAGAGCAUUGAACAUCCUCAUGAAAUAUGUUGUAGAAAGAUUUAUACAGCCCAAUAUUGACGAACUUGGCAAGAUUGGGAUCCGCCUUCCAUUCGGGAAGAAAAUAUCAUUGAAAAAUUCCAAAUUGGUUCUACUGGAGCAUGCUUUGCUCAUCGCAACUGACGUUGUAUAUCACCCUGAUGGAGAAUUCCUUGACCACAACAUGGCCAGUACAGCGAAUACGGUGUUUAUCGUGGUGGUCAUUUGUCACCUCAGCACAGCAUCGGUCAAUCCGGGCUUCAAGACCAGAAUCACCUCGGAGGGCUUGACCUAUGCAAACAGUGUCGCACUCGAUAUCUUGUCAAAGGCUAUUAUUGGUGUUUCGAUCCCUGACCAGUCUGGGACUGUGAGUAUCGUUACCUACCACCUCACCGGGAUUCAUAUAAACGGAUUUACCAGGCCUUCCAGUCAGAUUUCCCUUAAACCUCCUUCUGGACUGACCUGGACAGGUAGCAAUGCUGGGCUGCAGAUGCAUGGUAACUGGGCAUACCAUACACCAAUUAUUUCCGACAGUGGAACUUUCGAUGUUUCUGUGAGUGGAUUGUCGUUCCAUGCUAAUGUCGAUAUUGGUACCGAUUCCAAAGGACGCCCUCACAUCCAUGCUUCUGGAUGUGGCGUUAGUAUUGGCAGCGUGAGUUUGACGUUUCAUGGAGGAGCUUCAUGGCUCUACAACCUUUUCAGCAGUGAGGUAGCAGACGCUAUCAAGUCGUCUCUUCAAGGCAAGGUUUGUGGAGUUGUGACUGAUCUCAUCAAUACGGACGGAGAAAACGCAUUGGCGAAACUACCAGUCACUGUAGAUAUAGUGAACACAUUUCUACUGGACUAUAGUAUGGAUGAACAACCACUCUUUCAGACGAAUUUUAUGGAAUCCUAUCAUAAGGGGGAAAUAGACUGGAAAGCUUCGCCUGCCCCGCCCCCUUUCCAAGCCUCGCCCCUUCCCCAAUGGAACGACACGAGCCGGAUGAUGUAUUUGUGGGUAUCAGACUACAUUGUGAACAGUUUACUGUACCAGGCACAGCAACACAAAUUCCUUGCAUACAACCUUACGGCACAGGAUCUUCCUCCUGCGAACCGUUCGGCUCUAAAUACCACAUGUCACACAAUUUUGUGUAUUGGCAAUCUCAUACCACAGUUGCAAAAGAGUUAUCCAAACUGUCAGGUUGAGUUGCACAUGCGCAGCACGUCGAUGCCUGGUGUUUCUGUUACUUCAACGGAUGUUCGUGGUAAUGCAGGCGGCAUCAUAGACUUCUUUGCCCGUCCUGUAGCUGGUACCUACCGUGGCAAUAGACUAUUGUACAAAUACUCAAUCAAAAGUACACCUGCCUACCUCUUCACACUCAAUGUGACCAUGAGUACAUCGGCGGAUGUUCAAGUGAAGAAUGAGACCAUUUAUGGGAAACUGCGAGAUGUUAAAUUCGGUGUUAAAGUAGUGAAAACAGCAAUAAAGGACAUCGACGAGAAAGCCUUACAGUUUAUCAUCGACAUCGCUCUGGACACUGUUGUUAUUCCGGAAAUCAAUUCUAUUGGAUCGAAAGGACUUACUUUACCUACCAUCGAAAAUGUCCACUUCGUUAACCCGAAGCUAGUGUUAAUGCAGAGAACUGUGCUUGUAUCGACUGAUCUUCAUUAUGCCCCUUGAUUGGAAACCACACACAAGGCGGCGUCCCAAAGCCAGACCAGGAAAACCUACUCAGGGACGAAAUAAAAGAUUUUUUUUAAAAUUUAGAAUGGUUAAUUCCAUGUUCCCAACGCACUUUGAUUCUUUUUUUAAUUCAAAACCAUCUAUAGCUCAUCAAAAAAACACGUUCAUAUUCAAUCGGUAACAGUUAUGCUCAUAUUGAAACACAGGAAAUCCUGCUCGAUUUGGUUCUGCAUUUUUCCAUGGACUUUGAAAGAGCCCUGAAAAAGGAAAUAUGUAUUUUAAUCAUGAUAUUAUAGUUAUAUUGUUUUUUUUAUUAUUAAUUUUAAAAUCACUCUUUUUCUCAUUGUUUCCUCGACAAUUUUUUCUUUAGUGUUAGCUUCUGCAACUUUUAUUUUGAUGAACUGAUACUCGAUAUAAUAUAAAGUAUCAUGCUUUUAAAAUAAAAUCUUAUGAAGUGCAAUAUUAAAAGCAUCGAACCAUUGCUUAUAAACAAUAUUAUCAAUUUAGAUUGACUAGCAAAGAACAACAAAAUAGAAAUAUUACAUAAAUGAUUGUUUUCUCAAAAUAGAAAAAAAUAUGUGGCGUUUCUGGUUUCAACCGGAACAAUAUUAAGGAUGGUAGGUCGGGAUUUUCAUUUAUAUAUACUGACUUCCUAAAUACCUUAUGUUGAUUAGGAAAUGGUUUAUAUAUGUCAGGUUAUGAAUUGUAUAUCGAUGUAAAUAUAAAACUUUUUCUACUAGGUUACAUAUGUGUCAAAGUCAUCACAUGUAAACAUCAUUUUCCCACAACAUAAGUAUCCAGUAUAUUGACAAUGGACGCCACUAUAUGGAUUCUGUCUAAACACCAUGGCCAUCGAGAGUUUACUAUUUGGUAGGUGCAAACGAUAACUAUAGUAUAGUAUAGUAUAGUAUGGUAUAGUGCUGGCCAUUGUAAAGGUAUGAGAGGAUAUUUGUCAUCGGUCAGUAUAAAUACAAGUCAAGUGUCUUAGCAAAGUUGUAUUAGAGUACUAGUACGUGUGGAGAUCUCUGAACGAAUCUACACAGAGAACUUCAAGCAUUUCUGCCAAAAUGUUGGAAAAAAUGUGUCGACAGCGGUAAAAGAUUGGACGUUAAGGAAACCGGACACAGAUACUUUUUUGCCAUGUCUUAUUUUCCUUUCAUAUAGAAGCCAAUCAAAAUCCUUUCUUGUCUUUUCUGUCUUUUCUUUUAUCAGAACAAAUGAAUAUGCAUCCUAGCCAUAGAUUAUAGGGAUUCUUUUAGCCGAAUUGGCUACACUACUUACCAUCGGUAGCUCUCCAGCGAGGACAGUAUACAGAACGUAGUACUAAUCUAAACGUAUAAAAAAACAAAUAUCUUACGCUAGCUGUCGGCAAUUACAACUCUUUACUUUAUCAUGUUUGGCUCUGUAUCCUUACUCACCAGACAUAGAUACAUUCAGUGAUAUUUUUGUCUCAUUCCUAAUAAAUAAUGAUAAAUUACA